AUGUCUUGUGAUAUGGAGAAGACCAUGUCAUCGGUGGAUUCGUUGCCCGCCACCCCGGCAUCAGAGGUGCCGGUGCUGACGGUCUCCCCGGCCGACACAUCGUUGAAUAGUGCAGAUGUGAAGACGCAGGAAGUCAAGCCGGAAGAGAAGAAGCCUGCAAAGAAGCGGAAGUCGUGGGGCCAAGAACUACCAGUUCCCAAGACCAACUUGCCUCCGAGGAAACGUGCCAAAACAGAAGAUGAGAAGGAGCAGCGUCGCAUUGAACGCGUCCUUCGAAAUCGUGCGGCAGCUCAGACGUCCCGGGAGCGCAAAAGGCUGGAAAUGGAGAAGCUGGAGAAUGAAAAAAUUCAGAUGGAACAACAGAAUCAAUUCCUCCUUCAGCGGUUGUCUCAGAUGGAAGCAGAGAACAAUCGCUUGAGCCAACAGCUUGCUCAACUGGCUGCAGAGGUCCGCGGAUCUCGUGCCAACACUCCAAUGCCUGGCUCUCCAGCGACAGCAUCUCCCACCCUUACACCUACCUUGUUCAAACAAGAGCGUGAUGAACUUCCUCUCGAACGCAUCCCUUUCCCUACUCCCUCUCUGAGUGAUUACUCCCCUACCUUGAAGCCUUCCACUCUGGCUGAGUCCUCCGACGUGGCACAACAUCCUGCAGCGGUGUUGUUGUCCGUCGCUGGACUCGAAGGAGAUGGAAGCGCCCUCCCACUUUUCGACCUCGGCUCAGACCUUAAACAUCACUCUACAGAUGACGUUGCAGCUCCUCUUUCUGACGAUGACUUCAACCGCUUAUUCCACGGUGAUUCAUCCGUUGAACCAGAUUCUUCUGUCUUUGAAGACGGGCUUGCCUUUGAUGUUCUCGAAGGAGGAGAUCUAUCAGCAUUUCCAUUUGAUUCUAUGGUUAAUUUCGACUCCGAGCCUGUCACCCUCGAAGGCAUCGAGAUGGCCCACGGGCUUCCGGAUGAGACUACUUGCAAGACUUCUAGCGUGCAACCCGGCUUUGGCGCGUCCACUACGCGAUGCGACGGGCAGGGCAUUGCAGCUGGCUGUUAG